CGUAGGGGGGCACCCCCACCGGGGCGGGAGGGUGGUCCGCGGUGGCCCGGUCGCCGAGUGGCGGAGAGGUGGCGGUAACCGCCUUCCCAUUUCCGCCCGGCCGGCCGCUCAGCGGGGUGAGUGCGGCAGAGAGCGCUCGGUCCUGCCUCCGCCCGCCCGCGCCGGGGGCUGGCCUUGCCUCGCCAGCGCCUUUUUCCCCCGCAGCGCGGCGCCGCUUCGCCACUCGGGCACCGCAGGUAGGGCAGGAGGCUGGAGCGCCUGCUGCCCGCCGCCCGUAAGAUGGUCCCCUCGGCUGGACAGCUCGCCUUGUUCGCGCUGGGUCUCCUGUUGGCUGUGUGCCAGGCCCUGGAGAACAGCACGUCUGCCCUGAGUGACCCGCCUGUGGCUGCCGCUGUGGUGUCCCACUUUAAUGACUGCCCAGAUUCCCACAGUCAGUUCUGCUUCCAUGGAACCUGCAGGUUUUUGGUGCAGGAAGACAAGCCAGCUUGCGUCUGCCAUUCUGGGUAUGUGGGUGCGCGGUGUGAGCAUGCCGACCUCCUGGCCGUGGUGGCCGCCAGCCAGAAGAAGCAGGCCAUCACCGCCUUGGUGGUGGUCUCCAUCGUGGCCCUGGCUGUCCUCAUCAUCGCAUGUGUGCUGAUACACUGCUGCCAGGUCCGAAAACACUGUGAGUGGUGCCAGGCUCUCAUCUGCCGGCACGAGAAGCCCAGCGCCCUGCUGAAGGGAAGGACUGCUUGCUGCCACUCCGAAACAGUGGUCUGAAGAGCCCAGAGGGAGUUUGGCCAGAUAGACUGUGGCAGCCUGAGGGAGAAAGGACUUCUUCAGGACCAGCUGGCUUCCUACUCUGCCAGCAAUCACCUGUGCAGCCUUUUUGUCUUUUGUGGGCCUUCCUUCACAACUCUGUCAAGAACUCUGUCUGCUUGGGGUUAUUUGGUGUGACCUAGAGAAGAAAUCAGUGGAUCAUGGUUUCAAGACUGGUCAAAAAAGCAUUGCAAAGGGGUGGACUUCUGUUGACGUAGCUAAGGUGUGUGCGUCUGCCGGCCUCGGAGCCCAGAGACAUGUUGUCAUCUUCUGCCAGUCGCCGAGGCCAGGCUGUGUUUCUUUUCCAUGGGCCAUCUCCCCACAACAGUAUCCAUCCUCCCCAACCCCAGAGAUUGCUGUCGUUGAGUUUUUUCUCAUCCGUUUAUUGGAGAAGAAGGUGGAAAAGGAUAACUAUUGGUUACGGGAAGAUGCCAAAUGUCAGAGGAGCCAUGUAUGUCCUCUGCCCACGAGCCCCUCGGCCAAGCCCGACAUCUUCCACAGACACAUGAUGCCGAGGACCUUCCCAAGUCGUCAGCAGCCUCGGAGAUCAUUCCUUAUUUAUGAGAUGGAUGAUGGUUUCAUUUUUAAUCUCUUAAGUCGAUGUAAAAAGCAUAAAACCUUUUCAGACUUCUACACGAAUGAUGUAUGUAAUGCUGGCUGAAAAGUUAGCUGACUGAUUACAACCGUCUGGCCCCUUUGGGACAGCUAAGGCUUGGGAAGAGCCCCCCGGGGGUGCAGAAUUGGAAACAGAGGAGGAGUUGCUGAUGAGAGCGAAGACUGGGGCUCACAGGUCUUGCAUUUAAGACACAAAGCAAGGAAAGGCCCCCAGAUACAUUCCAGUAGAAAAGCUAGCCAGUCCAGCAGCAAAGAUUUGUAGCUUUGUGGGGAGAGAGGAGAGAGUGCCUGUGUGUGCAUCUCCUCGGGACGAACACAGGACUGCCCAGCUCCACGAUUAGAUGGAUUAACUUCCUAGUGUUCCCUCCAUGUAUUUAGAAAUAGAGCACAAGCAGAGAGCCACAGGCCUUCCGGGCCACAUCCAUGAAAAGGGGACUGGUCAUUUACUUUCCAUGUUGUUCGGUUGACUUGUGGAUUUAUUUUUAAAAGGAGAAAUUUAACCUUCCUAUUUAUUUUCUAGCAUUAGGAGAAAUGUCCCCGUGAUUUUUUUUUUUCUCUUUUCCAUUCAGGAUGCUGGUUUUAUUAACAAAAACUCUAACAAGUCACCUCUACCAGGAUGGGUCUUGCUUUCCUCUUAGAGAAGGAGAAAUGUUUUCAUGGGCCUCUGGGUGUGUUCUGACCUCCUGGGCUUGCCUGUGGGAAACACUGGUUCCCUCCAGCUAAACAGCAGAGAGCUCAUCCCCAGACAUUUUCAUUAAAAACUGUACACAGAAUAACAGUGAAAUAGUACGUGAAGUCCUUAUGUAAGGGAACUCUUUAUUCACUAAUAUUUGAAAAAUGAAAGAUCUCUACCUAUUAGUGUGUCUGGCCCCACCCAUCACGAAAGAGGCCUUUAAAAUAUAGCAAGUUGGCUUAAAAUUUCUAGCAGGUAAUUUUGUCCUCCCUUAAUUCUUCUUCCCCAAUCUGUCCAUUUCGAUGAAUUUACUUGUUACAACUGAGACCAUUAUGUGCCGCGUGUCUUAGCUCUGGCACUCGGAUGGGAUGACGGAAUGAAGCAGUGAGGGCAGAAACGGGUUCUGCUCGCCUGCUGGUCCGCUAAUGAGGCCUUUGACACAGCUUCCAGGCUGAAGCUUCCUUUCUUCCGCCCGUCCUCCAGCCGCGGGUAGGCACACGGAGGCCCACUUGUCGCAUCUUGCUCAGAGACCCGUCCCACUGACACGGGUUUGCAGACACCCCAAUUUUCACUCCUUUCUCUCACCAGACCCUCCAGAAAGUCUGAGAGCCUGGCGAGAGAGACCAGUGGUGUAGUGUGUCUUUAGCUUCAGUCACGUUCUGACUCUAGCACAAUCUUUCCUCGGUCUUUUAGAGACUCUGAGGUCUGAUUGCCUUUAGAGAAGAGGAACCCACGUGAGAUGUUGUGUGGGGCUUUCGUCACCAGAGGGAGGGCAGGACCCGUGUUUGGUCUCCAAGAGCCUGAGAGGCUUUGCGGAGGUGUAAGAGAGGGAUGAGAGCCUUCCGGGUUCCCUGCAGGGACGUCACCUCAGUGUCCGGGAAGGAUCUGGUCCUCGGCGCCCCUCUACUCGCGCCCGUGCAGUCACUCCAUGAACCGUGCGGGGAACGAGCAGCGUGCCUUCCUGUGCGUGGCUCCUGAGGCAGUUCUCGGCAAACCAGCAGGUCUGAAAAGAGUUAGCCACAGAGACUGGGUGAAGGCAGGCCUGGAUGGACCUUUGUCCGUGCCCAGGAGAGGAGAACCUUGCUUCUUUGUAGUUUCUCUUUAAAAAUCAGAUGACCAGCAAACAUUGGAUUCCUGGGCCAUUUCUUGGUAUUGGUACAUUUUGAGCUAUCUGUAAAAAUGUCCCCUUUUGAGGUUAAAAAUGCAUCUUCAAAUCCAUCUUUAUGGGUUCCCUCUGUUUCCUUGGCCUUGAGAAAGCUGAGGAUAUGACUAGGGAUUCCUUCCUGAGGCCCUUUCUGGUCCACAGCCGCAUGCCUGGGAGUGGGAAGCAAAGCAGCUUCCGGUGUCCAUCUCAGGAGAAGUGAAACGCCCCCAUUAAAAAAAGAAGAGGGGGUGCUUGCAAAUAUUUUAUGGAGCCUAGAUUCGCCCACUGCUCUGCAGGCUGUGAUGGGUCUAAGCAUACCGGCCAGAAACCUUUUCUUCUAGAUGGAAAGAUAGACAACAGUCCACACUGAUCUGGAAGAUGGUUCCGACACACCUGAAAUCAAGCAAGAUCCGAGCUCGGCCGUUGUCUUCCCACAGAGGAGGCCGCACAGCAUCCCAGAGUCUAUUUUCCUAAGAAGCGAGGAGGUGGGAUCGGCACCUCAGCUGCCCAUGCAUCGGGGAUGUAGGAGGAGGUAUGGUUCUAGAGCUUCCUGGGUAUCUGUGCUCUGCAGGUGGAGAAGAAGGUGCCUCUUCAGCCCCAUCUUCCAGGGCUGGGCUGUCUCACCGCGCGUGGAGUCUCUUCUCCAGGCAAUAUUGGCAGAAAUGGAUCAACAAGGUUCCAGCACUACUCAGGAGACCCUGCCUGCCCUCUAGGGUCUGGGCUUUGGUUUCUCCCAACCUGCUCGGCCAAGGAAGGGGGAGGAUUCAAAAGCCCAGCACCCAAGGGGACAUCACAGAAGGAAGACGAACCCAUACAUUUGUUCUCAGUGUGGGAACAUGAGACCUGUCCUCUCCAGCCACUGAUUUUACCAGGCUCUUGGAAAGAUCUAGGGGUGAACAACACACAGUACUGAAAAGCAGCCCCUCUUCCUAGGGUAGUAACUUACUGAAGUAUUCAACUUUCCAUUAUCUUUAUGAUAACAAACCUGAGGCUUUUUUUUUUUUUUUAGAACUUGUUACUCUGACUUCUGUAUAUGUUGCACUGAAAAGGUUAAUAUUUAAUGUUUUAAUUUAUUUUAUGUGAUAAGUUAAUUUUGAUUUCUGUAAUGUGUUAAUGUGAUUAGCAGUUCUUUUCCUUAAUAUCGGAAUUAUACUUAUUUAAAGAGUAGUGAGCAAUAUAAAAUGUGGUUCUGUUUGUUUCAGUCAUGUGCAUUAUUGUCCAGUUGUACCGUACCUUGUUUGGAAGGAUGAAGGAAUGAACUUUUUUUUUUCCCCCUAAAUCAAGACUGGAGCUUUUCUUUCAUGAGAGUGGCAUGUUACUGAAAAGCAAAUUAAGAAUCUUCUCCAUGCAUGCAAGUGAUGAGGAAAAAUUAGAUGCUCUUUUGCAAAAUGUGGUAAUCCUCAUUGAUCCCUGUCUGCUUGAAGAAACCAAACCCUCCACAAAGUUCCCAAUAUAUUAGCCUUUCAUCUGCUAGGUGUCUGACAAUACGCCAAAUGAUGCAGACGAAAAUAUAAAACACACAGUCCCCGCCCCCGAAAGGAACUGAGAUUUGGCUGAGAGACUGACCUGCAAAAACUAAUUCUGGACCAGUUGCAGACAACACGCAAAGGAAGCCUGAAUUAUAAG